GUCACAUCCUCUUCUUGGCGUAAUCUCAGCUACCGUUCCUGUCGCCAUGUCUCAUCAAGGGUACUACAACGGCCCUCCUCCGCCUCAGCAGGCUUACGGCCAAUAUCCCCCGCAAGGCUAUCAGCAGGGUUACCCUCCCCAGGGAGGCUAUCCCCCCGGUCCUCCUCCCCAAGGCUAUGCUCCUCAACCCAUGCAGUACCAGCAGCAACCUCCUCCCCAGCAGAAGGACCGCGGCUGUCUAGGAACCUGGUAAGCGCUCCAUCGCAUUGCUCUCUGCCGACCGCAAACAUCCCUUGCUGACGACUAUUUCUCCUCCUCUUCAGCUUGGCCACCCUGUGCUGUCUGUGUCUGUGCGAAGAGACCUGCGAGUGCUGCUUUGACUGUAUCGAGUGCUGCGAAAUGUGCUAGACGCCAUGAUCGAACGACGACCUUCCCCCCUCUCCUUG